GAGCUACCGGGGUUUCCUUGUCUGACUGGGACUAGCGAGCAGAUAGGCAGAUGAUAACAGCAUCAGUUGCUGUUACUAGAUCUCAAUGAACUGCCCUCGAAGAAGCCACUGAUCGUGCCUGCUGCUUUUUGCAGAGGUGGUAAACUGAUCAGUGUCCAGAAAAACGGCUCUAUGAGAUAUUUCUUCAUUGAGUCUUUUCUUUUUUUUUAGUAUUUCAAGGUCUGUGUAGCCUCUUUCCACCAUGGUGCUAGGAAAGGUAAAGAGCUUCACAGUAAGCUAUGACUGUCUCAAUGACAGCAAUGUCCCCGUUUUCUCGAGCGGGGACUGCGUCUCAGGGAGGGUGAUCAUUGAAGUCACCGGAGAAAUCCGUGUGAAAUCUCUCAAAAUCCACGCGAAAGGAUUUGCAAAAGUUCGUUGGACUGAAUCGAGAAAUGCUGGAUCCAACACUGCCUACACGCAAAACUACACAGAAGAAGUGGAAUAUCUGAACCACAAAGACAUCCUAAUCGGACACGAGAGAGACGAUGAUAACUCAGAGGAAGGACUCACCACUAUCCAUUCAGGAAGACAUGAGUAUGCAUUCAGCCUUGAGCUUCCACAGACACCUCUGGCUACCUCUUUCGAAGGGAAACAUGGCAGCGUGCGCUAUUGGGUAAAGGCAGAACUCCACAGGCCAUGGCUCCUACCCAUGAAGACCAAGAAAGAAUUUACAGUCUUUGAGCACAUUGACAUCAACACUCCAUUAUUGCUGUCACCACAGGCCGGCACAAAAGAUAAGACACUUUGCUGUUGGUUCUGCACCUCAGGUCCUAUUUCCCUAAGUGCCAAAAUUGAGAGGAAAGGAUACACCCCAGGGGAGUCAAUCCAGAUUUUUGCUGAGAUCGAGAACUGCUCAUCACGCAUGGUCGUGCCAAAGGCGGCCAUCUACCAGACUCAGACCUUCUACGCCAAAGGGAAGAUGAAGGAUGUCAAACAGCUUGUGGCUAACCUGCGGGGAGAAUCUCUGUCCUCGGGCAAAACGGAGACGUGGAAUGGAAAGAUGCUGAAGAUCCCGCCAGUCUCCCCCUCCAUCCUGGACUGCAGCAUUAUCAGAGUGGAGUACUCUCUCAUGGUGUAUGUAGACAUACCUGGAGCGAUCAACCUGUCCCUGAACCUUCCUCUUGUCAUCGGAACCAUCCCUCUUCACCCAUUUGGUUCUCGCACCUCCAGCGUCAGCAGCCAGUGCAGCAUGAGCUGGCUGGGCAUGGGUCUGCCUGAAAGGCCGGAAGCUCCUCCAAGCUACGCUGAAAUUGUGACGGAAGAGCAGAGACAGAGCUGUCUGGAUGUCCCAGCAGCCCGCGAGGAGCUGGACGGACCUCUCUUUGCCUAUAUUCACGAAUUCCGCUUCCAGCCCCCUCCUCUGUACUCUGAGAUUGAUCCUAACCCAGAUCAUGCCAGCCGUACAGAGGAGCGCAGACUUGAUGCUUGCCCAUCACGCUGAGGAUAUCCCAGCAAUUCCCCUGAGAUGUUUGGGGAAACUCAAAGAAGCCUAGCUGUAAGGCUCAGCUUUGAUUAUUUUCUCAGCUGACAGCAUUUACAAAAUGCUGUUGACAAUAAGAGGAAAAAUAAGAAUAUCCAACCAAAAAAAACCAAACAAAAAUGAGUGAGUCGGGUUGGACGAAUCUGUUCCUGCCUUCCCUCAGCAAGAGAAAUGGGAGUCACCAGUUCCGGGUGUCUUUCCUUUCCUGUGUCAGCUUGCUGAGGGUGACAUAUGUACAGAUGAACAUGUAUCCAUUCUGUAUGCGAAGAGGGCGGGGUAAAAAAAACCCCUCUAGUUGCGCGAGCCCUGGUGAUGGUAUUGACAACGGCGAUGACGAGGAAGAACCGCCACGGCUCAGCCUGCCAAGCUCCUCUUCACCCCUGACUCUUCUGUACCUGUGGCACAUAAGGACUUAGCUCCUCUCACAAAGGACAGAACUUGUCAUGUCCGUUCAUCAGCAGAACUCACCUUAAGGAAAUGGGAUGAAGAGAAAAAGGUGUCACCACCGUAGUCCUGAAAGUAAGCUUUCAGCAGCAGCAUCAGUCAUCAAAAAAAAAAAGCAAA